GAGAGAGUAGAGCGUGAAUAGAGCUAUUGAAAGAGACAGAGACUGACCAGGGAAGAGGGAGAGAGACUGGGGGAUUAGAGACGAGCACAAGACCAGUCCCACCGGCAUGUUGCCCAGCCGAUACCGCGCCCGGCUGGUCGGUAACCCCGUAAAUGCCUGCAGUCUUAAGCUAACUGUUCAAGCAUCAUCUGUUGGAGAUCGACUUGCCCCAAAGCAUCAUGUUGAUUCGAGAUUAAAUAAGGAGCAUUUUGCCUCGCAUAGUAAAAGCCUGCAUGGAGAUGCUGACAAGAAUUUUCUCUCCAAACCAGAGUUCAUUAGCAAUGAGGAUCCCAUCCGGUACUCAGUACCGCGUAUAACAGCUGGCGAAUUGCCUUCUCAUUUUCAGGCUUCAAUGAAAUAUAAAACACGACAGGGUUCUCACAGUGCUGUCCCCUCAUCCUCACACACUGUGGGAAACAUGCCCUGUUUACCUGGUGAUCAAGUCAUUUUUUCAGAGAGCUCUUCAAUACCUGGGAUACCUGUUGUGUAUCGCACAGCAGAGGAGCGGGAAGAGAAUGCUGAUAGGCUGAAUCUAGACAGGAGAAGGCUAACAGUUUGUCCAAUACUGGAAGGGGAGCAGCAACUUCGGUUGCUGAAUUUCCAGCACAAUUUGAUCACUGAGAUCCAGCACCUUUCCAACCUCAGGCGGCUCAUUUUCUUGGACCUUUACAACAAUCAUAUUGAAGAAAUCAGUGGCCUUUUUGCUCUGAAGUCACUUCGUGUCCUUAUGUUGGGCAAAAACAGAAUCAAACACAUUUCGAAUCUUGAGAGCCAGACCAAUCUUGACGUGCUGGAUCUCCACGGAAACCAGAUCUGUAAAAUUGAAAACCUUAAUCAUUUGGCGGAACUUAGAGUACUUAACCUGGCUGGAAACUUAAUUGUUCGGGCGGAAAAUGUGACUGGCCUUGAUUCAUUGACUGAGCUCAAUCUAAGACGGAACCAAAUUGAAUUUGUGAGCGAUGCAGACACUUUGCCUUGUCUCCAGCGCCUCUUUCUCAGCUUUAACAACAUAUCCAGCGUUGAAGACAUUGUGUGUUUGGCAGACUCACUGUCUCUUUCAGAGGUUACCCUGGAUGGCAAUCCCAUAGCUCAGGAGCCAUGGUACAGACCCACUGUUCUCCGGCACAUGUUGCAGCUCCGAUACCUCGACAUGAAGAAAAUCACAGAGGAAGAAAGGCGAGUGGCAUCUGUCAUGGCCAGAAAGGAAGAAGAGAAAAAGCGGGAAAUCCACAAGCAGGCUAUUCUGAAGGAGAAGCGGCGUCAAACGAUCAAUAAUGCUGCCCGGCGCUGGGAGGUGCAGCACGGCUACAUUGCCAAAAGUCAACAAGACGCUCAGGCCAAAGCUUUCAGUACCGACAUCACUAUCCACAAAGCUUGUCACGUCAAUGGCAACGGCCACGAUUUCUGGCCAGAUGAGCUAAGCACUGAGAAGCAGCAGACAAGCAAGGAGACGACGGAACUUCAACAGUCAGAUUCCAGCCAUUCAGAGAGGACCAGCAGCAUGAGGUCUCCUGAUUCAUUGCUGCCCAGUGCUGUACAAGGGCUCUCCUUCACAGACUCACACCUGACAGAGCUGGAAGGGGACACUCUGUGCUUGUACGGCUCGGGUGCUCUCGAUUCCCUGGAUCGGAGCUGGGGGGUGCAGAUGGCCGGAGCUGUCACCACAAUCUCCUUUACGUUUAUAGACUUUGAUGAGAUUGUCCCAGUGCUAUUCCGAUUGAGGAUUAAAUUUCCAAAUAUUAUGCAUUUUAAGUUCCAACAUACGAACAUUCAGAAACUGCAGCAGUUCAAUGCAUUGGCUCAGUUGCGCCGCCUGGACAUGCUCACUAUCAAUCCUCAGGGCAAUCCCGUUGUGAACUUCAGCCUGUGGAAGUAUUACGUUCUCUUUAGGCUAAACCACUUUGGUCUACAAAAAAUAAAUGACAUUGAGGUAUCUCCUCUGGAUUUGAUAAUGAGUGAACGAAUCUUUGGAAUCCUGGGCCACAUGGCUGCCUGCGAGAUCCCCCAGACACGCCUGCUGUCCCUGGUGGGAGAGAUGAAGAGGAAACAGCUACAGUUCCUAAUGGAGGCAAAAGGGAGGAAAGCUGGUACCAGCCUCGAGGAGAGUAAGGACAACGGGAAGCUUGGAGGCGAGUCUAUGGGCCGAGCUGUGCUGAAUUACACUAUCAGGGACAGUGGAACUGAACAUGAACAGUGUAAGCAGGAGAGGAAAUGCUUUUGUCAGAAGUACGUGCAAAGCCUGGUCAAAGAAGCCAGUCUCAUUGAUCAGAAGAAUGAGUCUCUGCAGAAACUCUGGCCACAAAUCUUCAUUGAGCUCGUACGGGACUGUGUGAUCGAAAUGCGCAAUAAAACGUCAUACAUGCAGCUCUGCUUGACGAAAAUAAUGGAUCAGAAAUGAAGACAGCAACUUCUCCGGUGCAUGGACUGCAAUUAUCUCCCAGCACAUGGUACUGAAACCAAAAUCACAGCUUUAUAAAUAUCAUCUGCUACACUACAAAGGAAACUGUUGUCUCCUGUACGUCACAGAGGCCUUUCUGUCAGACAUGUCCUUCAUUUCAAUUGAAAUCACAAACCAGAGGUUUUAAUGUAGGAUUGUGGGGUUAAUUAUCAGAGCUGAAGGCUCUCACCUGAGCAGAGAGAAGGAGGAAGCAAGGUAGUUCCCCAUUCAGUCUUCCAUCUUCUGUACAGCCAUUGAGCGCUGUAGCACAGCUCAAGGGAUGCUUCAGGUGUGUCAAAAAUUAGCAUUGGUGCCAUGCUGCCCCUGAGCCUUCCUGAUGUAUGUAUCUACCCAGAGAAUGUGCAGAAUGGCUCAAAUAUAAGAGGAAAGACACCUAAAGCACUAUGUUGGAGUGUUCAAAGUAAGGUUCACUGUUUUCCAACAGAUUCACAGUCAUUUUCUAUCACUAGUCACAUGUAAAUAUAUCCUACUUAAUACAAAGCACUGUCUUUUAGCACUGUCUUGAGAAAGUCCACACUGAGGUGCAUUCCUUGUGUACUUAGGCACAUUGGCUGCUCAGAGCUGGGGCAGUGCGGCUCAGCUUCAUCUUGUCCAUUGAAUUACAUUGCACUGCUGCGUGGCACCAGUAUAUUUGACCUCACAUACAAAUAAAAGAAAGCCAACAGGGAGGUAUGCUAUAUUGUUCUGCUGCUAACAAGAAAAUGUUUCACUUUAUUAUACCUUUAACAUUUAAUUUUAUAAAUACCGGGUACAUUUUAUCACGUUUUUCAUUUAUUUAAUUGCUGUAAUUCACUGAAACUUCUGGUUUAAAAGCUGAGCUAUUGAUGCUUUUUCUUUGCUGAGAUUAUUUUGCCUCUUCAGUGCUAAUUCCAAAGUAAAAUGAAUAAAGUUUGCUUGAGUUUACACUUCC